GCACUGUUUUGUCAGCUUCCCAGGUUCUUUGACCUGUCUUAUUCCAUGCCAAAUGUUGACCCAAUGUCUCCAUCGCCAACCUGUAUCAAAUAAACUUCAUUAUAAGCAUUGUAGAGAAAACAUGUGGCUAUCCUCUCAGCUUUUUACUAAUUAAUCCACACCUGGUAUUCAGUUUCUCAAACUGAUUACAGUAUUGACUAAAACUCCACAACUCCCCACAAUGUGAUUGCUCUUGAACGCUCCCCAUGCUCAGCGUUUCUAUGACAUUCCCUGAUCUGCACCCUCGUGGAAUGUUCGGCUACUCUCUCAUCUGGGUUGCUACUGUGUAGCUAUGUUCUAUCACUCUGUGGAAUGGAUAGCGCGAGCGGUUUGCGUGGACGACUGGAAAAAUCCAUGAAGCUGUCUCCUACAAUUAUAGCUUGUGGAUUCUGGCUUCAAGGCAGUCAGCCAGAUACAAGAUAUAAUCGGUUUAAAAUAUUGCAUUAAUCAUGGCUGAUUUUGAGGAAUUCGAAAAACAGCUGAGUGAAAACCGACAGGAGAGAGAGAAGGAGAGACGCAAGAAGAGGAGUGGCAGUGGGUCUCAGAGCCGCAGUGAGAAACAUCGCAGCUGGAGCAAAGACCUGGGCAACCGGAGCCGAGAGAAGCGAAGCCGCAGUCGAGACAGGAAGAGCCGGGAGCGGAGGAGCACCUCACGGGAUCACAAGAAGCACAGCUAUUCUCCACGAAGAACAAGGAAGAAAAGGACCUGCAGAUACUGGGAUGUGCCCCCCCCUGGCUUUGAACACAUCACACCAUUGCAGUACAAAGCUAUGCAAGCGGCUGGGCAGAUACCCACAAUAGCCCUGCUGGCAUCAUCUGCCACGACUGGGUUGGCAGUAACACCCACCCAAGUGCCCAUAGUUGGCAAUCAGAUGACUAGGCAGGCUCGACGUCUCUAUGUUGGCAAUAUUCCCUUUGGUGUGACCGAGGAGUCUAUGGCAGAGUUCUUUAAUGCCCAAAUGAGGCUUGCAGGCCUAUCGCAAGCCGUUAGCAUCCCUGUGCUUGCUGUGCAGAUAAAUCAGGAUAAGAACUUUGCAUUCCUAGAGUUCCGGUCUGUUGAUGAGACCACACAGGCCAUGGCUUUCGAUGGAAUAAUUUUCCAAGGUCAGUCGUUGAAGAUAAGACGACCACAUGACUACCGGCCUCUACCUGGCAUUUCAGAACAACCUGCUUUUCAUGUCCCAGGUGUCGUGUCCACAGUGGUACCAGACUCCCCACAUAAACUGUUUAUUGGAGGCCUACCCAACUAUCUCAAUGAUGAUCAGGUGAAGGAGCUCUUGACAUCAUUCGGACCACUCAAAGCUUUCAACCUUGUCAAGGAUAGUGCCACGUCACUGUCCAAAGGUUAUGCCUUUUGUGAAUAUGUAGACGUCAGUGCGACUGAUCAGGCAGUGGCUGGGCUCAACGGCAUGCAACUAGGUGACAAAAAGCUAAUCGUUCAGAGAGCAAGUGUGGGGGCCAAAAACGCCAAUCCGACUGCCAUCAUCGAGACCCCGGUGACGCUGCAGGUGCCUGGGCUGCAGAGACUUCAGAAGUCUGGGCUGCCCACGGAGGUGCUGUGCCUGCUCAACAUGGUGAUGCCUGAGGAGCUGGUGGACGACGAGGACUACGAGGAGAUCCUGGAGGACAUCAGAGAGGAGUGCUGCAAGUACGGCAGCGUGCGCUCCAUCGAGAUCCCCCGGCCCGUCGACGGAGUGGAGGUCCCUGGCUGUGGCAAGAUCUUUGUGGAGUACGUUUCUGCUGCAGACUGUCAGAAAGCCAUGCAGGCCCUCACUGGCCGCAAGUUUGCCAACAGAGUGGUGGUCACCAAGUACUAUGAUCCAGACAUGUAUCACAGACAGGAGUUCUUAGGGUAGAGGGGAAACAGGAGGUAAUACCUGGAAUUAGCUGGGACCUCCCCUUUCCUACUUUCUCAAACCUGGUUUCAGCUCUUCAGUGAUGGCAAGUAUCGUGUGUUCUCUCCAGUAUUCACAGCUAGUACGUUGUAACCCUAUCCUCAUUUACUACAGUAGUACAGAUUUUGGGGGGAAAAUACUAGAUUUUUACAUGUGUCUUUUAGAUACUCUAACUGAUAUAUUACACCAACAAAAAGUAUCUGUGUGCAGUGAAUGAAUCUUGUCUGAAAUGUAAAAAAUGAGGUACACUCAUGCUGUUUGUGUAGGAUUCCCUUUGCAGAAGUAGUAUGAAUGUCAUGUGUACUUAGAUCUAAAACCAAACUAAUAUAACAUAGCCAGUGUUGCUGUCUUUCUUAACUCUAGAGUCAAUGAGAUGAUACAAAAGUAAAAUUAUAUUCUGAGCACAAGAUGUUUUCUUAUUUUGUCUUUUAAAUUCAAGAAUUGUUAACUCGAGAUGUAGCUAUAUUUGAUAGCUAUCAUA